CCUCCCUCUCUCUCCCCUCCGCUCCCUCCCCUCCCUCCGCGCCUCCACCGAUCCGAUCGCCGCCGCCGACCGAGCAAGUACAGAGAGAGAAAGCACCGGCUCAGCCGAUCGCCAGCCAUGGCCCGGGGAGAGAACCAGGAGUCGCAGACCGGCAACGUCCCCGCGGCUUCCGCGGCGGCGGGCCCGAAGCCGGCGUCAUCGGCGGCCGGGAAGGGCGCGGAGGGCCAGUCGGUGGUGCGGCGGCUGCAGUCGGAGCUGAUGGCGCUGAUGAUGGGCGGCGACCCCGGCGUGUCGGCGUUCCCUGAUGGGGACAACAUCUUCAACUGGGUGGGCACCAUCGCCGGAUCCGCGGGCACCGCCUACGAGGGCACCUCCUACCGCCUCGCGCUCGCCUUCACCGCCGAGUACCCCUACAAGCCCCCCAAGGUGCGGUUCGACACGCCCUGCUUCCACCCCAACGUCGACACCCACGGCAACAUCUGCCUCGACAUCCUCCAGGACAAGUGGUCCUCGGCCUACGACGUGCGCACCAUCCUCCUCUCCAUCCAGAGCCUCCUCGGAGAGCCGAACAACGACUCGCCACUCAACACGCAGGCGGCGGCGCUCUGGGCGAACCAGGAAGAGUUCAGGAAGAUGGUGGAGAAGCUCUACAAGCCCGCCGCGUAGAGGGAGGAGGAGGAAGGCGCCCGGCGAUGUUGCCGGCUGCGGUUUCGCGGGUGGUAGCAUGGAGAAGCUUCUGCAAGCAGUGAUCUCGCUUGGACGAUGAGGGAUUAGAUGCAUUCUUUGGUCGGGUUCGAUUUCCAGUCUGGUGGUGUAGUAGCAGGGGAGGAUGUGAGUCGCCUCGAGCGCUUGGCGAGUCUGUAAUUGUUCUCUGAGUUCUGGAUGUUCAGUGGUAGUGAUUCGUUUCACAGUACUUGUUAUCGCCUCAUGUUCUGAGAUGGGAAUGACACCUUGAUUUGAGCGUGACCAA